AUGGAAGACCCUGUGGAGAUGGAACAAAGCGUUCAAUUGCGCAAACAUGGCCGAAGGGUAAUGACGGCAAUCAACAGCGUGGUGGAAAACCUUGGGGACCCUGAAAAGGUGGCAACUGUCCUGGGAAUAGUGGGGAAAAGCCAUGCGGUGAAACACAAAGUUGACCCCGUAUUCUUUAAGAUCCUAACUGGGGUGAUACUGGAAGUCACUGCAGAAGCACUUGCCAAAGAAUUUACCCCGGAAGUACAGCUAGCUUGGAGCAAAUUACGGAGCCUCAUAUGCAGUCAUGUACAAGCAACAUACAAGGAGGUGGGCUGGACACAGUACCCCAGUAACUCAGUGUGA